AACGCAAUCGUAAAAAUUAUACAUAGUAGUCGACUAUUGUUCUAUACCCAGUCUUCUCGUUCCCCACUUUGCCUUGCGACUUUUUCUUUUCUUCUUCAUAUGGUUCUCCUUUUACCGGCCUACAACAUAUCCCAGGUCGAGGCUCAUGUUCGUUCGCCGGUUUUCAUCUUGCUUUCCUUACUACACGCAGGUUCCCUUUCCGUCCUUCCUUGUUUUUUUCCCCUGCGCCCUACUUCCUUGGUUUUGGUUUAUGGUUUAUGACCUGCCCCCCCCCCCACCACACAGGCUUUCGUACGUCCUCUACUUAACAGCCGGGAGUCUGUACUAUUUAUUACGCAUUUUUUUAAUCUUGCUCUUCUGUCCAUCUGCUACACGUACUUGCACACUAACUAACUAUCUACAUGACUACUUAUUUAAUGUGCAGUGGAUUUUUGUCUUGUUCGACGUUGAUUGGCUGUUUCAAUGAUCCGGUCGUCUUCGCUUUGCCAAGUGUGAUCGGAUCGGAUCGAUGCUACGGUAUCCUGACAUGCACG